AUGCGGCACAUUACCUGGACUCCCAUACUUUUAAUAUCGGUCAUAAUCUGCUCGGUCUCUACAGCCUGGAGCAUUCCAACCUUAUCCCUUCGAAAGCGUAUUCCCCCCGUGCUUAGCGAUUUACCCCCCUUACGUCACGGCGAAGAUUCACAGCAGAGACGAAGUCUCAGUAUCUGGCUUCAACAGCAAGAGCCUGGUAUUGGUAACGCUCAUCCUAAGAUCGUCAUGCCUCCGUCUGGAAAUACCGGAGAGGGCGCCAAAGACCCCAAGGGCGCUGACCAGAACAACCCCAUCAUAUCCGACGUGCUUCCGAAGACGCGCGCCAUCAAUAUCUUCGCGCGACUCACGCGGGACUUUGAGUCCGUGGAAUCGCGACUGAGUGAUGCGUCGAAGAAUCUGACGGUCCUGGCGCCGCGGAAUGGUGCGAUCAUGGAUCUACCUCGCAAGCCUUGGGAGAAUCCCGAUGACUACGCCCAGUUCGGAGAGGCAAAUGCCUAUGAAGGGCAAGAUGGACAGGAUCGGGCUAGGCGUAAUCUGAAGCGCUUUGUCGAAGCUCAUAUUGUCACCGUCAGUCCUUGGGAGGAGGGUGUCGAAGCGGAAACACUCGCGGGGGAUAAACUGCGGUGGACGAAGGACGGUGAUAAGAUCUUUAUUCAACCUGGCAACGUCGAAGUCGAAAGCGUUGCGGAGCAAGUAUCGAACGGCGAGGUGUGGGUUUUGAACGGCGUGAUCAAUUACCGUUGA